UUUUUAGUUUGGUAAUAAUUGUUAUUUAUUAGGGAACUUCUGUGUAGUGGAAAUUUCUUUAAUUUUUUUUUGUACCUACUAUGUUCAUUUUAGUUUAACAAUAUAUAUACCUUUACUAAUACCAAUUUCCAAAUUUUCCUAAAAUGAAACUUAAAUAAUAUGGGGGAGAGUUUAGUGUAUUCAUUAUUAUUUAUGCAAUUUAACUUGGUGAGUUUGCAUUUAAUAUAAUAACAGUGAAUUUUUAGUUUGCAAACAAAUGACAUACAAUUAAAAUCCAGUGUGAAACUAGAAUAUUUUAUUACAGAUCUAGAGAUUUUUUUCCCUCUGAUGCUGGGGCAUAUUAAACCUAACAAAAAGGUAACUGAUACAAAGUUUGUAUUUAUUUAUUUAUUUUUGGGUCGGGGGUCAGGGUCAUGUCUCUGAUUCAUGCUUCAGUAAAAUUCAGUUUUAUGAGCAAUGUGUCCAAUGAGCAAUGUGUCCUGACUGUUUCUGGAAGUCUCUCUAAAAUGUCUUGCUAUGAAUCCACUAUGAAUAGUUAUCCAGCUGCCAACUUUAGCUGUUGCUCAUAAUACUUCUAUUUCAAAGGAUAUAUUUGACUCCUGGUUCAUAUCUGUUUCAUUAAGGGCUGGAUUCUGCCACCCUUAUUCAUGUUGAGUAAUCCCUUACUUUGCAGGUAGUCUGAAUGAGUCUAUGUAAUGAUGGCAAAAUGAAGCCCCGGUGACUAAAAGCAACAGUUGUUUCUUUCAGUCUGACAGCUGCAAGCACAACUUCUCUCUUCACACCGACCAUUCUAAAUUCCAUCUUACAGACCUUGGUGCCGACAACAGCUAACAUUUUCAGUGCCUCCCCCCAACCCAAGUUACUCACAAAAUGGAUUCCCAAAGGGAACUCACUGAAGAACUUAGACUUUAUCAAUCCACCCUUCUUCAGGAUGGCCUCAAGGAACUCUUUGAAGAGAAAAAGUUUGUAGAUUGCUCCCUAAAAGCUGGUAACAAAAGUCUACCUUGCCACAGAUUGAUUCUAUCAGCUUGUAGUCCUUAUUUCCGUGAGUAUUUCUUAUCUGAGCAAAGUGAAGAUAAGAAGAAGGAGGUCGUUCUAGAUGAUGUUGAUCCCAACAUCUUGGACAUGAUCAUCAAGUAUCUUUAUUCUGCAAGUAUUGACCUCAAUGAUUCUAAUGUGCAAGAUAUUUUUGCUUUGGCCAGCCGUUUUCAAAUCCCUUCUGUAUUCACUGUGUGUGUCUCUUAUCUUCAGAAGAGACUAGCUGUUGGUAACUGUCUUGCCAUCCUUCGAUUAGGUCUCCUCCUUGACUGCCCAAGACUUGCUUUCUCUGCUCGUGAUUAUGUCUCAGACCACUUUGUGCAGAUUUGCAAAGAAGAAGACUUCAUGCAGCUUGCCCCCCAUGAACUUAUAUCAGUUAUUUCACCUGACAGCUUAAAUGUUGAAAAAGAGGAAGUAGUGUUUGAAGCAGUAAUGGAGUGGGUCCGAACAGACAAGGAGAACAGAGUAAAGAACCUGGGAGAAGUUUUUGACUGCAUUCGUUUUCGUCUUAUGUCAGAAAAAUACUUUAAAGAGCAUGUUGAGAAGGAUGAUAUUAUCAAAAGCAACUCAGAUCUUCACAAAAAACUCAAGGUUAUUAAGGAUGCCUUUGCUGGAAAAUUGCCUGAACCUGCCAAAAGCUCAGAAAAAUCGGGGAAAGGGGAAGUAAAUGGUGAUGUAGGGGAUGAAGACUUACUCCCUGGAUACCUAAAUGACAUUCCUAGGCAUGGCAUGUUUGUGAAAGACCUAAUUCUUCUAGUCAAUGAUACAGCUGCGGUGGCUUAUGAUCCCCUGGAGAAUGAGUGUUACCUGGCAGCCCUGGCAGAACAGAUUCCCAGAAAUCAUUCCAGCAUAGUCACCAAACAGAAUCAGGUCUGUGUUGUUGGAGGCCUUUAUGUGGAUGACGAGAACAAGGAUCAGCCUUUCCAGUCAUACUUCUUCCAGCUGGAUAGCGUUGCUGGUGAAUGGGUCGGACUUCCUCCACUGCCUUCAGCCAGGUGUCUCUUUGGACUGGGAGAGGCAGAUGGCAAAAUCUAUGUAAUUGCAGGCAAGGACCUUCAAACAGAGGAAUCUCUAGAUUCAGUAUUGUGCUAUGACCCUGUGGCAAUAAAAUGGAAUGAAGUCAAAAAACUUCCAAUCAAAGUAUAUGGCCAUGCUACAGUCUCAAACCAUGGGAUGAUAUAUUGUCUUGGAGGAAAGACUGAGGACAAAAAGUGUACUAACAGAACAUUUAUAUACAACUCCAAGAAGGGAGAUUGGAGAGAUCUGGCCCCCAUGAAAAUGGCUCGCUCAAUGUUUGGUGUGGCUAUCCAUAAAGGGAAAAUUGUGAUUGCAGGAGGUGUUACUGAAGAAGGCCUUACAGCCUCUGUUGAAGCUUUUGACCUUGCCACUAAUAAGUGGGAACUUAUGCCUGAGUUUCCCCAGGAGAGAAGCUCUAUCAGUUUAGUCACCUUGAGUGGAUCCCUUUAUGCUAUUGGUGGUUUUGCUAUGGUUCAACUUGAAUCUAAUGAAUUUGCACCCAGUGAAGUCACUGACAUAUGGAAAUAUGAUGAUGAGAAGAAAGAAUGGAGCGGCAUAUUGAAAGAGAUUCGUUAUGCCUCUGGAGCCUCCUGUCUUUCAACACGGUUAAAUCUAUUCAAGCUAUCAAAGCUAUAAACAAAAAGGCUGAAAAACUAACUGUGAGACCUGUGGAAAGCAGCAAGAGUUGUGAGCACCAGCAAGAGUCUGCUGUUCAACAGUUCCCACAGGCUGUGUGUGAAAAGCAAGGCUAUUUAGAGCUAGACAGAGCUAAUUUUGUAUGCAUUAUUGAAACCACUAGGAGCCAGAAAUGAAAAUGUAUCAAAGGCCUUGAUUAUUGUAUAUUCUAUUUCUAUAAUAAUUAUAUAAUACAGGUUUCAUAAUAAAGUCUUUGGCCAAAAUGUAA